AAACGGUCCCUUUUAUUCAAUUCAUAUCUGCUCUCACAUUCAACGCAACAGCUAAUACGAGAAGAACACAGCAGUAGCCAAACAUGGAAGUUAUGACCCAUUCCUCCGCCUUCCUCCUUCCCACGAUCUCCGACGACCACCAUCCUUCACUUAACUACGCUCUAAUCGUGCUUAACCAACACCUCCCUAAAUUUACUCCUCUCAUCUGGAAGCACGCAAAAAUACGCGUGUGUGCAGAUGGAGGCGCAAAUCGCGUUUAUGAUGAAAUGCCUCUGUUGUUUCCUCACGAAAACGCUCUUGAUGUCCGACAGAGGUAUAAACCAGAUGUAAUCAAGGGAGACCUGGAUUCAGUCCGAAGAGAAGUACUGGAUUUCUACGCCAGACUGGGAACCAAGGUGGUUGAUGAAUGUCAUGAUCAGGACACCACAGAUUUACACAAGUGUGUUGCAUAUAUUUGUGACAUCACUCCGGACUUGGAUAAAUCUAGUCUUUGCAUUCUUGUUGCUGGAGCACUUGGUGGCCGUUUUGACCAUGAGGCUGGAAACCUUAAUGUUCUUUAUCGGUUCUCUACAAUACGAGUAAUCCUUUUAUCUGAUGACUGCCUCAUCUACCUACUUCCAAGUACUCACUGUCAUGAGAUUUAUAUCCAAUCUUCCAUAGAGGGCCCACAUUGUGGACUCAUUCCCAUAGGGAAGCCGUCUGGGAGUACCACAACCACUGGGCUCCAAUGGGAUCUCACUGACAUGGAGAUGAGUUUUGGUGGUUUAAUAAGCACGUCCAACAUAGUUAAAGGAGGAAAAGUAACAGUGCGGUCCAGUUCAGAUCUUCUGUGGACAAUUUCCAUUAAAAGGGCAUAACGCGACUAACCAGCUGCAGAGCUAUUCAGUAGCAGGUGCAUCUUAGGUGGUUCUUCAUGUGCAUAUUUAAUUAGUUGUUUGAAAGAAAUGAUUUAAGCGGUGCUAUCAUUUUCCCCACGGUGACCAGGGAUAUCAUUUUGUGUAAAUUAGGCUUCUAAAAUUUGUUAUUAUUAUUAUUCUUUUUUCGCCUUCACAUGAUAAUCAAAUCGGGUGGCAACUUUUGUUACUGUUGAUUGUAAUUACUAUUAUAAUUGGUAUCA